AAACAAACUGCAAUAAAUGUCAACGAUAAAAGCCAACAAACAAAAACUCAAAUGAUAUAAUCUUUUCCUUCUCAACUAGAAAUUUCGGGAUGAAGUCACAAUCCUAACUUUGGGGAAAAAAUAUCAACAAUAAAAUACUGACACUUAAUGAAUAGAGCACCUCCCUCGCAGUUUGAAAGAAAUUCUUCCACAAUUACACCCCUUAAUUACCUAAACCGUGUAUCCCCAAACCACGUUCGCUUAAGUGAAACUCAGACUCGUCAACUCCAAGCACAAAAAAAUCUCAUUCAUUCCAAACACUUAAUACUUUGUCCAACCAUUUUUGUUAACUGCUACUUACUUACCUUGUAUGGCUUUUGUCACUAUGCGUAUGACUAGUAGUGUCACACUUCUCUUCUUGAUUCUUUGCUUCUCUACCUCCUUGUAUAAUGCUUCUGCUCUUGUCUCUGAUGGUGUCACUCUCCUUUCACUCUUGAAUCAUUGGACCUUUGUUCCACUCAUCAUAAACUCCACCUGGAAGGACUCUGAUUCUGUUCCGUGCAAAUGGAUUGGAGUCCAAUGCAACCAUGCCUAUGAUGUGAUCUCCCUUAACCUCAGUGAUCUUGGGAUUCAAGGUCAACUUGGACCAGAAAUAGGACAAUUACAUCGCUUGCAGACCCUUGUGUUGUCGAAUAAUGGUUUCUUAGGAGAGGUACCUUCAGAGCUAAGUAACUGUACUUUGCUUCAGGUCUUAGACCUUUCUAAUAACAGCUUUAGCGGACUGAUACCAAGUAGCUUCAAGAAGUUGCAAAGCUUACGCAGCAUGAAUUUGUCGUCUAAUCUAUUGGGUGGUGCGAUUCCAGAUUCCUUGUUUCAAAUUCGUCAGCUUGAAGAAAUGAACCUUCACAAUAACCAUCUCAGUGGUCCUAUACCAACCAGUAUUGGGAACUUGACUGAGCUGUUAAGGUUACACUUACAUGGUAAUAGGUUGUCAGGUACGAUUCCUUCAUCCAUUGGUAAUUGCAGUAAACUAGAGGAAUUGUUUCUGAAUGAGAACAGAUUGAGUGGGGAACUAUCUUUGGAGAUAGCAAAGCUCAAGAAUCUAAAGACUAUGUCUUUGUUUGACAACCAGUUCUCAGGAGUCAUUCCUCAAGACUUGGGAAUCAAUAGCAGCAUAGUGAAACUGGACUUUACAAAUAAUAAGUUCACUGGUAAUCUUCCACCAAGUCUUUGCUUUCAAAAGAAGUUACAAGUGCUGAACAUGGGAUCUAAUCGACUUCAAGGUAACAUACCUUCUGAUGUAGGAAGGUGUACAAGUCUAAGUAUGCUGAUUCUCAGUGAAAAUAAUUUCACUGGGUCUCUUCCUGUUUUUGAGAGUAAUAUGAACCUCAAGUACUUACACAUAAGCAAGAACAACAUCAGUGGACCAAUUCCACCAAGUCUAGAAAAUUGUACAAAUCUUGCUGCAAUUAACAUGUCAAUGAACAAACUUACUGGACUCAUACCAUUUGCACUUGGAAAGCUUGUGAAUCUUACGAUUUUGGAUGUUUCACACAACAAUUUGGAAGGACCUUUGCCACCACAGCUGUCAAAUUGUACUAAAAUGGAUCAUUUUGAUGUUGGAUUCAAUUCCCUAAACGGUUCCUUCCCAUCAAGUCUGAGGAACUGGACAGGGAUAACCACAUUAAUUUUAAGAGAGAAUCAUUUUACAGGUGGUAUCCCGAGCUUUUUCUCAGAACUUAGCAAGCUUCGUGAACUACAACUUGGUGGAAAUUUAAUUGGAGGAACAAUUCCUCCAUCAUUGGGAAAACUGCAGAAGCUGUUCUAUGGGUUGAAUUUGAGUAGCAAUGGAUUGACAGGUGUGAUUCCUUUAGAACUUGGGCAACUACAAGAAUUGCAAAGUCUGGACAUAUCACUGAACAAUUUGACAGGAAACAUAGAUGUUCUUGCUCAAGUACCAUUGAUUGAGAUCAAUAUUUCAUAUAAUUUCUUGUAUGGUCUUGUUCCAACAUCCCUCUGCAAGUUUCUGGAUUCCUCAUCAUCUUCUUUCUUGGGCAAUCCCCAUUUAAAUGUCAGUUGUUCUCCUUCUAGUGGCCUGGAUUGGACCAACACUUGUAAUUUGAAGCCAUGUCCCUAUCAAUCAACUGAUCACAAAGGCAUCAGUGCAUUGGUAAUUUUAGUGAUAGAACUAGGAUCCUCACUGUUUGUUUCAGCUAUACUGGUAGCUUUACUUUUGAUGUAUCUCCGCAAGAAAGAAAUGAAGAAUGAUGUCUAUGGUGAAAAAUGGGGUUCUGCUAUUGAAAGAGGAGCCGGAAGGAUCGGUUUUCUUUACAACGAAGAAAUGAGGUUCUUAACUGAAAACCAGUCAGCUUCCCUUCACGAAAUAGUGAUGGAGGCUACAGAUAACCUAAAUGAUCAAUACAUUAUUGGCAGAGGAGCUCAUGGUAUUGUUUAUAGAGCUCAACUGGGUUAUACAACUUUUGCUGUAAAGAAGUUUGCAUUCGAAAGGAACAAGAGGAAGUAUUUACAUAUUAUGCGGAAAGAAAUUGAAGUGCUGGGAGGGAUCAAGCAUAGAAACUUGGUCUCUUUUGCAGGCUACUGGAUAGGAGAGAACUAUGGUAUGGUCUUAUAUAAGUACAUGAAGAAUGGAAGCCUCCAUGAUAUUUUGCAUGAGAAAUAUCCCCCACCACCCUUAAGUUGGAGUAUACGGCUUAACAUUGCUGUUGGAAUUGCACAUGGACUAAAAUAUCUGCAUCAUGAUCACACUACACCCAUAGUGCAUAGAGACAUAAAGCCACAGAAUAUACUUCUUGAUGAUCAGAUGGAGCCUCUUAUAUCUGAUUUUGGUACUUCCCUCUAUAGGAAUCUUGCUGAGCAUUCUUAUAGUCAAUCUCAUUCUUGGAAAAAGCUUUCAACAUAUGUUGUAGGUACUGCUGGUUAUAUCGCACCAGUGUGAGAAAGCAAAAUCAAAUUUGAUGAUUAAGUAACUUGGUUUAGAAGAAAUAUGAAACUUCAAGAAAGGAUCAAUUUCAUUGUGAUGUAUCUCCGCAAGAUUGUGGAAAUGAAAAGAUUGUGGCUUUGGAAAUUAUGAGUUUUGAAACAAAAAGCAAAGUUCUCUUUUGAUACAUGUUAACCUAAAAAAGCAUGUAGACGAAAUCACGUUGUAAAGUUUGAAAAAGUUAAAGAUGAGGUGUUGCCAACAAAUAUGUAUCAACUAGAUCUUGUAAGUUGAUAAGUUUAACAAGUGAGAUUUUCUUUGUUUACCAUCAUAGGAUUAGUAUAAAUCGGUGGUUUAGUUAGUUUGGUUUGGUAUGAUAAUGGGUGUAACAAUGUAGUGAGUGUUAGAGAGAAAAUUGUUAGGUUUUUCUGUGUGUUGUGUCUUCACAUUUGUUUUGUGCACCAAGUCAUUAUUCGCUCUUUUGGUGAGAGAAGAUUGGUUUUGUACUUUUGGUAUCUUCUCUUUGUAUUUGGAUUGAGUAUUUAUACCAUUUGAUUUGGUAUUUUGAGUGGAAUUGAGACUUGGUUUUGGGUGAUGUAUCACAAAUUACCACUUUGUAUCUGGGUUUCAGGGAUUUGGUUUGGGUAGAGCGGCUACCCAUUUAGGAUCUCUUUGAAAGAGAUUUGGUCUAGGUAGAGUAGCAUCACCAAUUACCACUUUGUAUCUUGUUAGAUAUUUGGUUAGGGUAGAAUGGUUACCCAAUUUUAUAACUUUGUGUCAUCAUAUUUUUUUAGUAAAAUAUUUGGUAUUUCUUUGUGUCAA